AGUGAGCAGACCUUAUUGACAUUAAUAACAAAACAUGAAGACUUAUGGAAAAUUAACUUUGAAAAACCCCUCGAAAGAGAAAAGGCCAGACGGGAGGAGAGAUAAGGGACGACAAAGUUUUUUUUUUUUUUUAAUAUAUUAUCAAUUAAAAUCACUUAGAAUAUAUUGGAAGAGUUGAAUUUUUGAGACUGUAAAUUAUCUCAGUGAGUGUAAAGGAUUAAUUAAACGAAUUACUAAAGCUAAUUUAUAUCAUGUUAUCACUUCUUUAGAAUACAUGGAAAUACAAUACUUCCUUCAUUACUAAAUAAAUGCACCAUUUUUUCAUUUAAAAUUUUGACCAUUGAAUCUAAAAUCACUCCAUACUUUAUCAAAUGAAAUAUCAAAUGACGCAAUUAUUUAUUGAUGAACGGACGAGUCCAAGUAUGUUACAAUUACAAGUAAAACAAAAACACCAAAGAAAAUAAUCCAAAUAUUUUGUCAAAUUGGAAAAAUCAAUAGUACUAUGGUGUCAAUCCACUUCAAAGAAAGCAAAAGGGGUACUAAAAUGGUCUAACAUUAGAAAAAGACUUCACGAGAAAAAAAGCUAAAAACAAAAAGGAAAACAAAAUAAAGGGAUAAAUAUUGUCAAUAGCUUUUGGUAGAAGAUGAGCUGUUUCCUCCUCUAAUAGUAGUAUCAGCUAACCGCCAAUUCACGUGGUCCUCGUUUACUACAACACACUAACCAUGCUGACAUGGCAACCGAACCUAAUAACACCAUUGCCAUGUAGGCUCGGACAACCGUUUGGUCCCCUAACUCAAAUCCCCGUAACAAAACCCAAACCCCAUUAAAAUAAUAAUAAAAUAAAUAAAAAUUUGCUCAUGUUGAUGUUAGUUCCAAGUAUAGCAGUUGGAAGUAGUCAUUUCCUCUUCUCUUGUAAGCCAACUUAACAAAAAGUUGCAGAACAACAAAUACUACAAUUUCAUUCUCUCUCUUACCUUUCUUUGUUUUGCUUCUUUGAUAAGCUAAUUAUAUCUUUUUUUUUUUUUUUUUUUUUUUUUUUUUUUUUCUUUCACUUACUUGGCUUUGUCUGUCUUCUCCAUUAAAGCCUACACGAGAAGUUUGGUAAGCUCCUCACGGAAAAGCAAAUUUCUCUGAACUUUUGUCUCCCAUUACCCCAUUCUUUCUCUUCUUCUCCUUCUAUAUAUAUGAUCAUCAAAUUAUAACUAACAGAUUAAAUACACUCAUAUAUAUAAUAUAUUCAUUCAUAAUUGUAUUUCAAUUAUUUCGAUAAUCUGUCUGGUUCGUUUUAUUGAAUAUGAUGGGUUGUUGUUGGAGGAAGGCGGUGGUUUUCCUAUUGAUGAUAUGGUUGCAAAAAUGUUGUUUUCUAUCAGUGGCGAUUCUAGACCCGCUUGAUUUCCUAGCGUUGCAAUCGAUACGGAAAUCGUUACGAGAUGUUCCGGGGUCGAAUUUCUUUCAGUCAUGGGACUUCACAUCCGACCCGUGUAACUUCCCCGGAGUUUACUGUGAUUCCGACAAGGUCAUCGCGCUCAACCUCGGCGACCCACGGGCUGGAUCACCGGGCCUAACUGGCCGGAUUGACCCGGCGAUCGGGAAACUGUCUUCGCUCGCGGAGUUCACUAUUGUUCCGGGUCGGGUCAUGGGUCGAAUCCCCGGUACAAUAUCGGAGUUGCCGAAUCUUCGGUUUUUCGCCGUUAGUAGGAAUUUCCUAAACGGUGAUAUUCCUGCUGGUUUUGGAGAGCUAAGAAGUUUGCACACUCUUGACUUAAGCUACAAUCAGCUUACCGGUUCGAUCCCUCGACCUCUUGGUUCACUACCGGUUCUUUCGAACCUUAUACUCUGUCAUAACCACCUUGACGGUCCGUUGCCUUCUUUCAUCUCAAACUCGCUAACACGAGUCGACUUGAUGCACAACAAUCUAACCGGUCCUCUUCAAUCCGACUCAUUCCCGCCUUCGGUUCAGUACCUCUCGCUUGGGUGGAACAAGCUAACCGGACCUGUUUUCAACACAUUACCCAAUCUAAACCGGUUGAAUUACCUCGACUUAAGCAUGAACCAAUUCACCGGUUUAAUCCCAUGUCAAAUAUUUACCUUCCCAAUUUCCAACCUCCAACUACAAAGAAACCAGUUCUUCGGCCCGGUUCAGCCUGAUUCACAAGUAACAAUUUCAACCAUAGAUUUGAGCUACAACAGGUUAUCAGGCCAAGUUUCGCCGAUGCUAUCAACGGUCCAGAACCUAUUUCUGAACAAUAACCGGUUCUUCGGUUCGGUUCCGGAGAGCUUUGUGGAUCGGUUGAUGGAUGCAACGAUACAAACGUUAUAUUUACAGCAUAACUAUCUGACAGGAUUUCAGAUGAAUCAGACGGCUGAGAUUCCUCUAAGUAGUGUGUUGUGUUUACAGUAUAAUUGUAUGGUCCCACCAACACAGUCAGCUUGCCCGUUGAAGGCUGGGGAUGCCAAGACACGACCUACUGCGCAGUGUAACGAGUGGCGAGGGUAAUUUUGGAAUUUCAUACCAGACAUCUUAUUAUUGUCUAAAAAAAGGUUUUUUUUUUUCCUAAUUAAUUAAAAUUUUUUGUUGUGUCUAGUUAAUUAAUUUAGUUUAUGUGGCAAAGAUUUUUGCUUUGUUUUAUUUAAUUUUUUGUUUCAUGAGGUGAAUGAACUCAGAAGAAAUAAUGUGGAAAAGCAGAAAUGUGGAUAGUUUUUAACUUUUAUUUUAUAUAUUAAUUUGUAGUUUAUUAUUAGUAUUACGGAGUACAUUAUUAUUAUUAAACUUGUUACUAUAUAUUAUUUACGAAGUAUUUAGCUGUACUCAGUUUUGAGUGAUAAUGUAUUACUAUGAACUUAUCAAGUAUGGUGGCUUAACAAUAGUUUUUAUUAUUAA